AGAACUCGAUUCAUUAUUUCUCAUGAUCGCCUAUCUACCUCGACAGAAACACUUCACCUGUCUUCGCUGCAGUCAUGUCAGCGUGUUGCAUAUGUGACCUCGUGCAAUCACUAAGUCAGCUUGUCUCCUAUGUAUCACGUGCUUAUAGUGGCGUCCAAAAUGGUUUAUCCCGGGUACCGUGACAGUCUUUGGCUUUUAUAGGUGAGUAGUUCUGAGGCGUCGCCUGAAGAUUCCCAUCACUUUACUCUUCUACAAUGGCCCAAGCUGCUAAGGUACCUGCAAAUAGUGCACCAUAUGCCGAUCUACCCCCUAUCAGUACAGCGUUGUUUGAAGCCAAGGCCAGGAAGGGUCUGACAUUCGACGAUGUUGCCAAGGCCAUCGGAAGAGAUGAAAUAUGGGUAGCAGCAGCUUUCUACGGUCAGGCCAAGUUAUCUCCAGACGAAAUAGACUCUCUUGCCAAAGUUCUCGACAUCCCAACUGUUAACAUCCAGAACGAGUUGGGUGCCCACUGGUGGCCUAGUCGCGGUCUCGGCCCAGUUCCCCCGACUGAUCCUGUCAUCUACCGUUUGUAUGAGAGUGUUUUGGUAUAUGGCCAUGCCAUUAAGGCUGUCGUUCAUGAGAAGUUUGGAGAUGGUAUUAUGUCGAUGAUCGACUGCAAAGUCAAUGUUGAGAAGAAGCCGGACCCGAAGGGAGACCGUGUAUUACUCACCUUUGACGGAAAGUUUUUGCCAUAUGCUAAAUGGUAGAAAUGCAAAUUUAUUGGUACCUAUCCAUUUUGUAACGUUAGUAGUCGGCAACAAAGAAGAAGAACCUUUCUUUCAGUCCAGAGCCUAGACU